AUGAUGUUUAGAAGAGCAAUAGUAUCGAGCCGACGAAUCAUAGGCAAUCAAGCAUCAUGUGGUGCUCUAAAUACCUCAUCUACUGUAUCAUAUAAUCAUAACAAUAACAAUAACAAGUGUAGUAAUACUGCUGUUGCUACCAACAAGUUUACAACAUUCAAUACAUUCAACUACAUUAACAAUAAUAAUCAAACAAGAUACUAUUCAUCGACGACAAGCACAACCGAAAAAGAAGAAAGCGAGUUAUUAAAAGAGUUGUUUCAAAAGGAUAAUAGUCCAGAAUCAGACCCAACAACCAAACAAAAUAGAAUCUUUAUUCAAACCGAGACAACACCAAAUCCAGACAGUUUAAAGUUUCUCCCAGGUGUUGAAGUGAUGGAACAAGGAACUGUCGACUUUCCCGAUUUCAAAUCAUCUCAAAUAUCACCAUUGGCCAAUGCAAUCUUUAAGUUGGAUGGUGUUAAUCGUGUAUUCUUUGGUCCAUCCUUUAUUUCUGUCAACAAAUUUACAGAGACUGAAUGGUCUAUUUUAAAACCUCAGGUAUAUGGAGCAAUUAUUAAUUUCUAUCAUUCUGGACAACCAUUGUUAUUGGAGAAACCAUCAGCAGAAAACAAUGAUACACUUAUUCUACCAGAGGAUGAUGAGGUUGUUGCAAUGAUUAAAGAGUUGAUUGAAACUAGAAUCAGACCAACCCUCCUCGACGAUGGUGGUAAUAUUCAAUAUUUGGGAUUCAAGGAUGGCAUUGUAUUGGUCAAAUUGCAAGGUACCUGCUCAUCUUGUAGCAGUUCACAAGCCACACUAAAAGGUGGUAUUGAAAGAAUGUUGAUGCAUUGGAUUAGUGAAGUACGUGGUAUCAUGGCAGUCACCGACGAUGAAUUGGAUAAAUUAAACCUUGAUUAUUUUAAUCAAGUUGAAAAAGAAAAGGAAGAAGAAAAGAAAUAA